UUCGUGAAUCGUGCAUUUUCAAUGCGCUAUUUUGGUUAUUUUUGUUAUUAUUAUCAAAUUAAUUUAGUAUUUCAGUUGAUGAAUGAACUGUAAAUUUGUGUGUUGUUUAUUUAAAAAUGGCUAGCCAAGCCAGUGAAGCCCAGUUGCAAGUGAAAUUUGUAACAAAACAAGAGCAAUAUGCAGUAUCUGAUGCACCUUAUGCUAUACAAAGCAAUGUUCAAUCGGCCGAGCUCAACACGUUUGUGAACGCGAUUAUAAAAGAAACACAUUCUAUUGACAAAACAGUUGCGUUCGAUUUCUUAAUAUGUGGAGAGCUACUCUGUACAACCCUUGCGGAGCACUUGGAGGAGAAGGGAAUAUCGACCGAGGAGACCCUUGAAAUUGAGUACUUGGAGAGGUUCCCAGCACCUAAACCACAGGACUGUUUGAUGCACGAUGAUUGGGUUUCAGCUGUACACACACAUGGAAACUGGAUUUUAUCAGGAUGCUAUGAUAACAGCAUACACAUUUGGAACACCAAAGGCCAACACAAGCUGGCCAUACCAGGCCAUACUUCACCUGUGAAAGGGGUGUCAUGGGUGUCCCUCACAGGAGACCAAGCAGUUUUUGUCAGUGGUUCCCAUGAUCAAUCAGCAAUGCUUUGGGUGUGGAAUGUGUCUGGUAACUCUGUGGACUGCAUAGUAACAUGCAGAGGACAUGAAAAAGGCAUUGAAUGUAUUGCGGUGUCAGCUGAUGGUAACCGCUUUGCCACCGGCAGUUGGGACACAAACGUCUGCCUUUAUAGCACAAGCUUAACUGUUGAAGACAGUGUGCCAGCAAAGAAAAAGAGUAAACCUGAACAGGGGCAUUCAAGACAACCUCUGACCACCCUCAAAGGUCACAGGGAAGCGGUGUCAGGUGUAAAAUGGAUGGACUUCAACACGGUAGUCUCCAGUGGUUGGGACCAUCUACUCAAAAUCUGGGACUGCGAACUCGGCGGCAUCAAACAAGAGAUUGCUGGCAACAAAGCAUUCUUUGACGUGGAUUGGUCGCCACUCAGCAACACCCUGGUAACGGCGUCAGCUGACAGGCAUAUUCGGAUUUACGAUCCUAGAUCGACAGAGAGCCUCGUGAAAUCCACGUACACGUCACACUCGGGGUGGGUGCAGGCGGUGCGUUGGUCGACGACCAAAGACACCCUGUUCCUGUCAGCCGGAUACGAUGGACAGGUCAAGCUGUGGGAGACUAGGAGCCCCAAGACCCCGCUGUACGAUCUAUCAGGCCACGAGGACAAGGUGCUCUGCUGCGACUGGUCGAACCCCGCGCUGCUCAUCUCCGGCGGCUGCGACAACACCCUCCGCAUAUUCAAGGCCAAGCACAAGGAAUAAAUAUUGUAGACGA